AUGCUGAAAUUCAAACCUGCUCCAAUUUACAUUCUGGAUGAAGUUGAUGCUGCGCUUGAUUUGUCACACACUCAAAAUAUAGGUGCUAUGAUCAAAACACAUUUCAGAGAAUCGCAGUUUAUAAUAGUAUCGCUGAAAGAUGGGAUGUUCUUGAGUGUUAAUGUCCUCUGGCAGCAACUGCCGAAAUCAGACAAUCCAAUAGCUAAACUAUAUGUUUAA